AUGGAGCUCAGUGAGGUAUUGCAUCGCUGCCUAGCUGGAAGUUCGAGGACACAGACCGAGCAGCAGGCUGAGACCCAGAAAAGGAGACUGAGGCCAGAGACACCACACAAGGCUGAUUGGGUGAGACUCCACAUCAUUGUCCACGACCCUCACUUGCCACAGCCCCCACCCACAGCCCUGACACUCUGUCCCCUCAUCUGCCCAUCCUUCCCCAACACAGACUUGGCUGUGUGCUGUGCGCUGGUGCUGAUGCUAAUGACCACGGUACUGACCAGCACAGGAGCAGUUCCCGUCACCACGCCCCUCGCCACCCUCCUGGGUGCAAGGGGCUGCGACAUGGCCCAGUUCAAGUCUCUGCCCCCACAAGAGAUGGAGGCCUUCAGGAGGGCCAAGGAUGCCUUGGAAGAGUCCCUUCUGCUGAGGAACCGGAGCUGCAGCUCCCGCCCACUCCCCAGGACCCGGGACCUGAGGCAGCUGCAGGUGUGGGAGCGCCCUGUGGCCUUGGAGGCUGAGCUGGCCCUGACACUGAAGGUCCUGGGGACCGUGGCUAACUCGACCCUGGGGGACAUCCUGGACCAGCGCCUUCACACACUGCGCUACAUCCACUCCAAGCUUCAGGCCUGUGUCCCAGCUCAGUCCACAGCAGGCCCCACCCGGGGCCACCUCUGCCAAUGGCUGCACUGCCUCCAGGAGACCAGGAAGAAGGAGUCCCAUGGCUACCUCAAAGCCUCUGUCACUUUCAAUCUCUUCCACCACCUCACCCAUGACCUGAAAUAUGUCUCCGGUGGAGACCUGUGUGUCUGA